UUUAAUGGAGCUAGCACUUGAGUCUCAUCUUUCCUUUUCUAUACUCUGCUGAUCUUUUUGGUGCAAGAUAAUUUAGUACAAGAUUAAUUUAUAUAAGAGAUAGAGUAUUCUGCGAAAGCAGCUUCAGUCUUCGACUUCUUUGUUGGCCGAUUGGCAGAUUGUGUGGACGACGUGGUUGUGCCUGCAUGACCCAGUGCAGCGGUGGUGGGGCUAGUCGAGUUGAAGAUGGCACGAUCAACCCUCUUGUCAAGCUGGUUGCCUCAACUUCGUCCAAGAAACGUGUGGUUCCCACCAUCCAAAGUUGGAAACUUUCACCGCAGAAUAUCCUGUCGUUCUUUCAUCAAUCUUGCAUCGGUGAACUUUCCUGCAACAAACAGAGCAAGCCUCCUUACGACUCAUGUUGGGAUAAACGAAAACCUGCUUGGACAGGUCCAUACCUGCAGUUGGUCACAUCAGAACAAGAUUCAAAGAUCUCAGAAUCUCUGUAGUCGUAUUACAUGUCCCAUUAGGACUUUCUGUACAGAAAGGAGCAGUGUGCAGUCUGUGACAUCGUCUGCUGAUGUUUCAGAUUGUACUGUGGACAUUUCAACAAAUGAUGCUGGUUCUAAACUAUCAGCUGUCGCUACCGUUCUGUCUCACUUACAGAACAAAUCUCAAGACAGAGACUUCCCUGGCCUGAACAAUGUGGCCAAAUUGAAGAUGGUUAUUGAACUGUUCCUCAACUAUGGAGCCAAUAAGGAGUCUGUGACGGAAUUUCUGCUGGCACAUUCAAGUAUUGUUGUCAGGGACCUAGAUCAGUUGGAAAGCGCUGUGAAAUUUCUCACAGAUUAUGGAUUUCAUGUUUCAGACACUUUUAAGAUUCUGCCAGUUGUGAGUGAUGUAUUCGAGCCAGAAAAUAGGAAAACCAUAAUUGGUGUCUUAGAGCUGUUGCGAGGUUACAGAAUGGUAGACAAGGAUGUGAUAAAGGUUGCUAGCACUGCUCCCCAGAUUAUGAACAUCAAAAACAGGAAGAUAUUAACAAACCAAAUCGAUCGGUUGGGUGAAAUGUUCAAUCAUGAGGACUUAGUGAGCAUGAUUGUGAAGUGGCCUGAAAGCCUUCUAGCUGAUCCAGAGGAGAUGCGAUUGAAAUAUGAAUAUAUCGUGGACACAAUGAAUGUUAAGUACACCCAGCUGGUACGUUCAAAUGCGCUGAGUCAGCCUUUCCAACAUAUCAAGGCGCGCCACUUGUUCCUGUUGAGGGUGGGAUUAUUUGAGCAGCCGGACAAAAACCAACAAACCAAACGUCUCAAGAAUCCCUCUCUACUUGCUAUGAUGGACGCCACUGAUGAGAAGUUCAUGGCUAAGUUAGGUGCAGGAAUGACUGUUUCUGAUUAUCAGACAUUUUGUGAGGUGCUUACCUUGGAGGAGGAACUAGCUGAAGAUGAAGAGUUUGAUAGCAAUGAUUCUGGUAUUGAUGGUUACAAAAGGGGUCAAUAAAGGUCAUGUGCUUGAAUUUCGGACGUUUUUAUACUGAUGUGGAGUUGCUGUGAGGGGUUGGGCGGGCUGGUAGGGUGGAUGGUGUCAGCAUUCUGAAUGUGAUGGACUAUAAAAUGUUGUGAAAUAUUGAAGACACAUUUUCUAAGCCUAAUCUGCAUUUGAGCA